AUGGCACACCUGCUGCACACCACCCUGGGCCCCCUCUCGCACCGCCCCGUCCUCGCGACGGUUCUCGCGUCCUUGUCCACCACCGUGCUCGUCUGGGCCGUCCGAGACUACCGCGCCUACAUCGCCCUCGGCCCCGGCGGCGUGCCCCACAACUUCGCCGGCUGGCUCGCCGUCACCCUCGUCAUCCGGCCCUUCGCCCUCUCUAAGGCUUAUGUGACCUGGACCGGCGACUACCCCAACGAGGGGGCCCACGACGAGGUCGAGUCGCUGCCGUCGAGGAAGGGCGACAGGGCCGAGCUGGGGGGCAUCGUGCCUCACCGGCAGCUGACCCAGCACGCUCCGGAACGGAUGAGAGAGUACAUUGACAACCUCUUCGCCAACGCCGUCGCCCAGAACCCGGCACUCGUGGAGUCCAAAACCUCCCUUUACGAGCGCAACAACCCGGCCCUCUUCGUGUGCCCUGCGGUCCUCGCCUCGCCCACCCCGCCCGCCACGGCGCGGACCUCCCGCGGCGAGAUGGGCCACCACCACGGCGACCUUUCCAUCCACAUUUACCUCUCACCCGCCGACGCCAAGCACGCUAUUGCCAAGGGCUGGGCCGAGCGCCACCGCCUCGCCCGGCCGCGGGGCACACUGUUCGCAAGCCUCUAUAGCGUCGCGGACACGUACCUCAUGAUCUACGGCCCGCGCGACGACGACGAGAUGAACGCGCUCGCUGUCUUCCUCAAAAACUCCAUCCGCUUCAUGACCGGGAGAGAGGACGUCGAAGGGAUCGAGUGGCGUCAUCGCGUGGGUGCGUGA